AUCCGGUGAUCCUUCCUUGUAUAUAAAGCUGAAAAGCUCCGCAGUUUGUAGUUUGUACUCAUUCUUCCUCCCAAAUUGCCAGUUCUUCGCAGUUGCUUUCACAGCUAGAAAACAGAGAAAGAGCCCCAAGAAAGAAAUAACCCACAAAAUCCCUGUAAAUUAGGAAAGAAGAAAUGCCCGAAAGAGAGGAUUCUUGCGCCGUUCGCGAUUCCCGCCAGGUGGUGAAGAAGUUCUUGGCCAGGCCUCAGCACGAGGGAGUCGGCGCCAUUGUUAGAAGGAGCAUUGGAAGGUUUGAACUGAAAUACUUCGAUCCUUUCCUUGCUCUUGAUGAGUUCUCUGUCACUGCGCCAGCAGGAUUCCCCGAUCAUCCACACAGAGGUUUCGAGACGGUCACGUACAUGUUGCAGGGAGCCGUCCUGCACGAAGAUUUCGAAGGUCACAAAGGGACAAUCGGAGCCGGCGACGUGCAAUGGAUGACCGCCGGCAGAGGGAUUGUUCACUCCGAGAUGCCUGCAGCUCAAGGCACCCAAAAGGGUCUCCAACUCUGGAUCAACCUCUCUUCAAAACACAAAAUGGUCGAGCCAAGGUACCAAGAAAUCGCGAGCAAGGACAUCGCGGAAGCAUCAAUCGACGGCGUGAAGGUCAGAGUGAUAGCAGGGGAAGCUCUGGGCGCCAAGUCGCCCGUGUACACAAUUACGCCGACGAUGUACCUGGACUUCACGCUGAAGCCGGGAGCAAAACUCCGGCAGCCGAUUCCGGCGUCGUGGAAUGCGUUCGUGUACGUGCUGGAAGGGGAAGGAGGGUUCGGGAGCGCGACGAAAGCCGUGGUGACUGCAUCAGCUCACCAUCUUCUGCUUCUGAGCAACGGCGGCGGCGGGGAUGGGUUGGAGGCGUGGAACAAGUCGUUGAAGCCGGUGAGGUUUGUAUUGGUCGGCGGGGAGCCUUUGGGGGAGCCGGUGGCGCAGUUGGGUCCGUUUGUGAUGAACACGGAGGAGGAGAUUGAUCGGACCGUUGAUGAUUUUGAGAAUUUUGUGAAUGGGUUUGAGAAUGCGAGGCAUUGGAGGUCUGAGAGUGGGAUUAGCCUUGGGUUUUAGAGGCGAAAACAGAGUUUUGGAGAUUGGAUGGUUGAUUUCUUGUUUUUUUGUGCUAUGUUUUGGUUGGUGUUUGAUUAGAAGUGGAGGGAUAGAUUCAUCAAUUAGAGAGUAGAAUGUAGAGAUUGCUCUCAAAAUGUAAAGUAGGGUCUUCCUUUUGUUUUUUAAGGGAAAAUCAUUUACCGACACAAGAGA